UCGGCAACCAGGAAGCUAGACUACAUAGAAUCCUGAGGAAUGGAGGAACUGGCUAGCGUUUCUGUUGUUUUCAGAUAAACGCGCAAAUUGCCUGAUGGUGUUUCCUUUGAUAGACUGUGAAAUGGAGUCCCAGAGAAGGGAAGGGACUUGCUCAAGGUCACAAAGCCCACAAACAAAGCGGAGGGUGACAGAAGGAAUCUAACUUCCGGGUCACCCUAAAGGCUCUUACCCUCACACCCUUCAUGGAAAUGAAAGUCCUGCCCCUUGUGCUGUUUAUUUCUUAACGAAGUUUCUAGUUACCAGCAGAGAAAAUGAAGUGAAAACAGUUUUUUGUUUUUUCUUAAAUAGUAUUAGUUCAGGACCUUAAUGAGGCGUGAGAUACGCCCCGUCGCUCCUAGAAACCCUGUUGUUAUGCAAAGUAAAAAAUGAGUUCCUGAGACGGCAAGCAAUUUGGCCAAGUCAUACUUGGCCUAGACUCCAAAUCUCUCCUACCUUCCUCCACCACCAUCACUCUGAGAUGGUUUCAGUAGCUGCACUCUACCUUCCCGAACUCUGCGAGGCAGAUUCUGCUGGCUGGGAAACCGGGAAUACAAAGGCAAGGACCGUUCAGAUACCCUACAGACUUCAAAAGCUGGCUUCCACUAGAACUAAGAUUUUCCCCUGUAGGAACUAGUUAGCACUGGUCAAGUCUGCACCCGGACUCAUUUUUUUCGGCUCUCAGGAAGUGGGGAGGGCUAUCUAACCCCACUUGCCGGAACUGCUUUCCGCAGUACCAAGCUGUUCUUGCAAUUCAGCUUUCAGCCUCCCCGCGCGACGCUGGCAGCAACAUGCUUCUGAUUCAGAUGUUCCACUGAGCUAUAAAAAUACGUUAAUCAGAACUGUGUGGCAUCUUCCUAAGCAAGACUUUCAAUGGGGCCCACUGUGGUUCACUUCAUCCAGAAGUUUUCUCGAGCAUCUUCAAAGAUGCUGAAGUACCCUUCCACAAUCAGACUAGGAGUCAGAAGGAGAAUAGAAACAUUUUCUCUCAAAACAGGCCUCCAGCAGAACUUUUCCCCUUUGUUUCCAAGGCCUUGGCUUGUCUCAUCAUUUCCAGUGUGUAUGAGCAAGACACAAUAUUAUCACACUUCCCCAUGCAGCUUUAAGAAGAAGCAAGAGCAAGCAGUACUUCCAGCCAGGCCACCACAAACCAUCAGUUACCUGCCUGACAGCCCAAAGCCAGCAUUAUACAUAACUCUGGCAGGACUAAUCCCCUUCAUUGCUCCACCACUGGUCAUGGUGAUGACAAAGACUUAUAUUCCCAUAUUAGCUUUUACUCAGAUGGCUUAUGGAGCCAGUUUCCUAUCUUUCUUGGGAGGGAUCAGAUGGGGUUUUACUCUGCCACAAGGUAGUCCAGCCAAACCAGACUUCCUCAAUUUAGCUAAUAGUACAGCUCCUGUUGUGUUUUCAUGGCUUGCGUUCUUUAUUUCUGAAAGACUCAGUGAAGCUAUAGUCACAGUAAUAAUAGGUUUGGGGAUAGCAUUACACACUGAACUUUUUCUCUUGCCACAUUAUCCCAAUUGGUUCAAAGCCCUGAGGAUAGUAGUCACUUUAGUGGCCUUUAUUUCAUUUGUAAUCACUUUACUAGUUAAAGGUUUUUAUCCAGAGAAGGGACCCAAGAGACUUAGGCAAGUAGAAUAAAUAUAAAACUACUCUGUAGAUGACGUUAGCAUGUUGGCUAGGAGCCUUGUAAGGUUGUGUUUUGGCAUCACCUUUUUCUACCUCUCCAGUUUAGCUCUUUUUUCCCACCAGUGGUGAUUUAUUCUUCCCAAAUUAUUCUUCAUUUCUAGAAAUCUUUAUUUUAUAAGGAAUCACUGAGAAACAGCUUGAAAACCCUUAACAAGUCCUUUUCAUGUUAUAUUAGGUUAUAGUUCUCAUUCAGUCUUUUUAUGAACUUUAUAGUCAUCCACUUAAAAAUUUCAAUGUUUUGAUUGUUCUGAAAAAUGUAAAUUAAAAGAUGAAAAACCUU